AUGUGGAAGAUUCUGUACCUAACACCUCCUGAUAGUAGCUGCACUGAUGAAGGCACUGAUGAAGGCACUGAUGAAGGCACUGAUGAAGGCACUGAUGAAGGCACUGAUGAAGGCACUGAUGAAGGCACUGAUGAAGGCACUGAUGAAGGCACUGAUGAAGGCACUGAUGAAGGCACUGAUGAAGGCACUGAUGAAGGCACUGAUGAAGGCACUGAUGAAGGCACUGAUGAAGGCACUGAUGAAGGCACUGAUGAAGGCACUGAUGAAGGCACUGAUGAAGGCACUGAUGAAGGCACUGAUGAAGGCACUGAUGAAGGCACUGAUGAAGGCACUGAUGAAGGCACUGAUGAAGGCACUGAUGAAGGCACUGAUGAAGGCCCUGAUGAAGGCACUGAUGAAGGCCCUGAUGAAGGCCCUGAUGAAGGCCCUGAUGAAGGCCCUGAUGAAGGCCCUGAUGAAGGCACUGAUGAAGGCACUGAUGAAGGCACUGAUGAAGGCACUGAUGAAGGCACUGAUGAAGGCACUGAUGAAGGCACUGAUGAAGGCACUGAUGAAGGCACUGAUGAAGGCACUGAUGAAGGCACUGAUGAAGGCACUGAUGAAGGCACUGAUGAAGGCACUGAUGAAGGCACUGAUGAAGGCACUGAUGAAGGCACUGAUGAAGGCACUGAUGAAGGCACUGAUGAAGGCACUGAUGAAGGCACUGAUGAAGGCACUGAUGAAGGCACUGAUGAAGGCACUGAUGAAGGGGCUACAACCACAAGCAUACCACCACCACCACCACCACCACCACCACCACCACCACCACCACCAAACCCUAAAACAAGAGCAUAA